CCCUCCUAAAUUUUGUUAUUUGGACGGCCAUGUAUAUAUCCCUUAUUAUUGGCGCCUUUUUGUUAUGAGGUUAUUACACAAUGGGCGAUCAAGAAGAUCAACGUGAUGCUAAAAAAACAAAUUCUAAAAGAAAUGGUAAACGAUAUUCAAGUCAUCCGUAUGGUCGUCAACAAGAUAGAAGGCGACUUGAAAAUUGUAAUGGUAAAAAAACAAAUCCUAAAAGAGAUCCUACACAAUAUUCAAAUCAUCAACAUGAUAGAAGGCGACUUGAAAAUUGUAGGUUUUAAUUAAUGUUAAGUUGAAAAUAAUUUAUCUAAUAAAAUUGUAUUUUCAGAUAAUAUGGAUGCUCUGAUAAAAUUUUUUAAAAGUCAGCAAGACAGCCAUGUCAGGCUGUUGGAGUACCAGGCCCGCCUCCUUAUGGAAUGUAUGAG